UAAUUCCCCACAUGAGGGCACUCUUCGCUCCUUCAAGAGUGUUGUACCACAGCAAAAACCAGAAGAAGAAUGCUCCUCUCAUGAUCUUCUAGUGUCUCCAUUGGGAUUUCUAACUGAAAAGGAUCAUGUUUAGGCAAAGAUUGCCUUUCACGCAGUUGCUUUUGGCCACUGUGCUCGGGGUUGCGGGAGGCUUGUAUAUCUACAAACCUUAUUUUGAGCCUGUACAGAAGAUCUCAGGACAAGAAGACACAGAUGUGCCGAAGAAACAGAAUAAAACAGACUGAAGUAAUUCAUCGUGAUAAAGAAAUAAACAGACAAAUGUUUGUGUCUUUAUUUCAGCCACACUGCCUGUGUUGGACUCAAAGGCCAUCAUAAGAUACUUUUUGAGAACGUGUGUAUAUUGAAUAAAAAUGUCUUAAUUCAACAUGA